AUGUUAGCACGGUGGGGGUCGAGUCAACUAAACUUAGGGAAAGUUCGAGAGGAGUCAACCAAAUUCGGUGACGAGUCAACCAAAGUUCGGGACGACUCGACCAAAGAUCGGGACGAGUCAUCUAAAGUGAGGAACGAAUUGCCAAAAGUUGAGGAAGAGUCAUCCCAAGUCGGGACCUUUACUAGCAAACCGACGAAUGGUAUGGCAGGGGAAGAAAUGCUCAAAGAAGGUGAAAGUCGAACCUGAUAGCCCGACUCUUUUCACGUAGAUAACGUUAAUGGGGAGUUAUGGAACAGUGUUGAGAAAUAUAUCAUAAAAGAACAGUGUAGCAUACCAAGAUUUGCGCAUUACUUUUUCUAAGCUAUAUUGCUGUAUACAAUAACAGGUGGCUCAAUCUAAAGCCCCAGAAUUCAGUUUAAGGUAUCUUAUUAGUCAGAAGCUCAGUAUAAAGUUGUUCCUCCCUCACUCGCCGGCCUUUUUCUCCUCUUUCACCUGAACUGUGGAACACCUCUCAACGGACAGCCGUGUAUAACGGACAGUUUUGUUUGUCCAGUUUCCCGUUUGAGUCAACUCAAAGGUUUUUUACCAUUUUCAUGGGCAAACCGGUCGGUUCACAGUUUCGGCAAAUGGAAAGCGAAAUUCAGGACUGGUAAAUUUCAUUCGGGAAUCGCGUUUGCCAUUUGUACGAAUCAGUUCCAUUUACCGGAAAACGACUGCGAAGGCCUGAAACUGGUAUCAAAGAUGGCUUUGAAGAAAUGGAACACGAAUUUCCGUUUGGAACAUUCCGACCGGAAAAACAGAAC